AUGUGCGAGGACGACGAGAGAAGCAGUGACAGUAAUAACAAGAAAGAUCAAGAUCGAGUUGGAGAAGCAGUGACAGUAAUAACAAGAAAGAUCAAGAUCGAGUUGGAUCUGGACAUGUAUCACUUGAGGAUUUGGGUGUUUCGGUGGAAAAUCUCAAAAGUAUGCCAUGGGAAGCGUUUGUUCCGACAUGGGAGGUUAUGUCAAAGAUCAUGUCAUCCAUGUCUUGGCCAACCUUUUCUACUACUGCUACUAAUCUUGACGAGACCAAGACGAAUAAGAAGGAAGAUGGAUGAUGAGAGACCACUAUGA